AUGAAGCAGCCCUUUGAGCCAUUGAAGAACGAUCUUCUCUUGCGGGCAGCAUGGGGCCAGAAAGUCGAGCGCCCUCCCAUGUGGGUGAUGCGGCAGGCUGGCCGCUACCUCCCCGAGUAUCACGAAGCCAAGGGGUCCCGAGACUUCUUCGAGUGCUGUCGCAACCCUGAGGUGGCGUCGACCCUUACCCUGCAGCCCGUCGAAAGAUACGCCGGCCUGCUUGACGCCGCCAUCAUCUUCUCAGACAUUCUCGUCAUCCCCCAGGCCAUGGGCAUGGAUGUCGAAAUGGUGGACAAGAAGGGCCCGCACUUCCCCAGUCCUCUCCAGUCGCCCGCCGAUGCCCAGUACCAGGCUGUCAUGGAACGACCCGUCAAGGUCGCCGACGAGCUCGACUACGUUUACCAGGCCAUUGCUCUGACGAGAAGAAAGCUUGCUGGCCGAGUCCCACUCAUUGGCUUCUGCGGCGCGCCCUGGACCCUCUUCUGCUACAUGGUUGAAGGCGGUGGCACUAAGUUGUUCGCCCAGAGCAGGACCUGGAUCUACAGGCAUCCCGAUGAGACGAAGAAGCUCCUGUUCAAGAUUGCCGAUAUCUGCGUCGAUCAUUUGGCGCUCCAGGUCAAGGCCGGCGCCCAGAUGGUCAUGGUCUUCGAUUCAUGGGCGGGUGAGCUAGGCCCCGCGUCAUAUCGCAAGUUCUCCGAACCCUAUCUUGCGCACAUUGCCCAGAAGCUCCCCGAUCGACUCCGGAGCAUGGGGCUCGACCGCGUUCCGAUGACCGUCUUCCCCAAGGGCGCCUGGUACGCCCUGGACUCUGCUUGCGACCUCGGAUACAAUGUCGUAGGCAUCGACUGGUUGCAUGACCCUGCCGCGGCGGCCACUGUCCGAGGGUCGCGCAACGUCGUCUUGCAGGGCAACGCCGACCCCGGCAUUCUGUACGGCUCCAAGGCCGCCAUCACCGAGGCGGUGGAGGAGAUGGUCAAGGGCCUCUGGGCGGACAAUAGGGGGUGGAUUGCAAACUUGGGACACGGAAUCACGCCCGGCGUCGACCCAGAUAACUUGAAGCACUUCUUUGAGGAGAUCCAUCGUCUGACGAAGAGCUGA